AUGGCCGAGAGGAGACGGAUGGGCUACAGCGUGCACAGGGAGAUCCUGGACGAAGAAGCAGUGGAUGAGUUGGCAAAAAAGUCAGACUCGAAGCCAUCUCUGUCUGAGAAGGUCAAAAAGUCAAUGAGGUGUUCUGGUCCCAGGUUGAAGAGCUGCCUGCUGGGUAGCGUUCCUGUCGUGUCAUGGCUGCCUCGUUACUCCAUCAGAGAAAACGCCCUGGGUGACCUGAUUUCUGGAAUCAGUGUGGGGAUCAUGCACCUUCCGCAGGGUAUGGCCUAUGCCCUGCUAGCCUCUGUUCCUGCAGUCUUUGGACUUUACUCCUCCUUCUAUCCCGUCCUCCUCUACUUCAUCUUUGGCACUUCCAAGCACAUCUCAAUCGGAACAUUUGCCGUGUUGAGUGUGAUGGUCGGAGGGGUGACAGAGCGAUUAGCUCCAGACUCCGACUUUAUGACAUGGGACAAUGUGACCAACGCCAGUGUAGUUGACAUCAUCCCCCGGGAUGCAGAGAGGGUCAGAGUGGCUGCAGCCGUCACCUUCUUGUCUGGAUUAUUUCAGAUUCUGCUCGGUCUAGUCCAGUUUGGCUUCGUUGUGACCUACCUGUCUGAGCCGCUGGUCCGAGGUUACACCACAGGCGCUGCCAUCCACGUCAUCGUGUCCCAGCUCAAAUACACCUUUGGCAUCAGCCCUGUGAGACACAGUGGACCCUUGUCUUUGAUAUACACUGUGUUGGAGAUAUGCUAUCUCCUUCCAAAGACAAACAUUGGUACUCUUGUGGUCAGUAUCGUCGCUAUAAUCGGCCUCAUCCUCGUUAAGGAGCUCAACUCAUACUUGAGUAAAAAACUACCUGUUCCUAUACCCGUGGAGCUGCUUGGUAUUGUAAUUGCUACAGUCAUCUCCUGGCAAGUUAACUUGGCGGGGAGAUAUGGAGUGGAUGUGGUGGGACUGAUUCCCUCAGGCCUCCAGCCGCCCGUUCUCCCAACUGCCUCUCUGUUUGGUCAGGUGAUCGGGGAUGCCUUUGCUAUAGCGGUGGUUGGCUACGGCAUCGCCAUCUCACUGGGACGAAUCUUUGCCCUAAAAUAUGGAUACAAGGUGGACAGCAACCAGGAACUGAUCGCGCUGGGUCUGAGUAACUCCGUCGGAGGAAUCUUCCAGUGUUUCGCCAUCAGCUGCUCCAUGUCUCGCACCACGGUUCAGGAGAGCACAGGCGGGAAGACUCAGGUUGCUGGCGCUCUAUCAGCAAUAGUUAUCCUUUUCAUCACGCUCUGGAUUGGAACUCUCUUUGAAGAUUUGCCGAAGGCAGUGCUGGCCGCCAUCAUCUUUGUCAACCUCCAUGGCAUGAUGAAGCAAUUCAUGGAUAUCCCUGUACUGUGGAGGAGCAACAAAAUAGACAUGGUGAUCUGGGUGGUCACCUUCAUCCUCACCUUGCUAUUAAACCCUGACCUGGGACUGGCUGCUGCCAUCGGUUUCUCCAUGCUCACCGUCAUCUUCAGGACACAGCUACCUAAAUACUCCAUAUUAGAGCAGGUCCCAGACACUGACAUUUACAGGCCACUGGAGGACUACGAACAGCUGAAGCAGGUGCCAGGGAUUCUUAUCUUCCGUUCCUCUGCCACCCUCUACUUCGCCAAUGCUGAGAUGUACCAAGAAGCACUCGGAGAGAAGUCUGGCAUUGACAUUACCAAACUCCUGUCAGCAAAGAAGAAACUAGAGGCCAAAAGGAAGAGGCACGAGAAGAAAAAUGCCAAGGAAGCUGCCAAGAGGAACGCAGUGGACAUGGAGGGGGGGCCAGAGAAGGAAGAGCAGAGGGAGAUUGCCAUCAUUGAGAUGGACGCUGAGCCCGACCCCUCACUCCCCAGAGCCAUCAUCCUCGACCUCAGCCCAGUCAACUUCCUGGAUACUGUGGGAGUGAAGACGCUAUGCAGCAUCCAGAGGGACUAUGGGGAAAUUUGUAUAGAGGUGGUUCUCGCUGGCUGCUUGACUGGUGUGGUGGACAACCUGCAGACUGGAGGUUUCUUUAGCGAAAAAGUGACAAAGUCCUGUCUCUUCUCCACCGUCCAUGACGCUGUUCUGCACUGUCAGUCUGCCAGAACACACAGCCAAGAUAAGGUGAUGUACUGUGAUCACAGCGACACAUUUGUGAGUCCCGAGAACAGUGGCGGAGGAUAUUAUGAAGAAGUGCUAGACACUUGUCUGUAUGAGUGUAUCCUGUGA